GAGCUCUCCCCGUUUCCGGUUUUCCAGUAUGUUGAUUGCAGCUGCGUCGCUAGAGUAGUACGCCAAGCCAAGAAACGUAUCCUAGGAUGAAUUCUAACACCGAUCUGGACGUCGCCUUAUCCUUUACGAGCGAACCUUCUGCACUUACCGUGAGUGAGAUUUCGGAUUUCUCAAUUUACAGUCAAGCGGAGAACGAUACCGGAACCACUUCAGUGCCCGAGCGCGCAGCCCAACCAUUAGACACGAACAGCGAAUUUCAUGUCAACGAUUAUUUGACAAGCAAAAUACCGGGGGAUGGGGAUUCGCAAAUUAAAACAACACACAUUUCGGAUGAGCUCAAAUCUCAGGUAAAGAAGGAAACGCAAGACGCGGCUGACAUUCCUAUCCCAACAAUGUUAAGAAGAGCCGAUACGACCCCUGGUGCAUUCCACCAGCCAGGGAUAGGGUCGGAUAGAACUGCUUAUCCGAGCACAAGAGAUGAAGAAGCCCCUCAAGAUCUUUCUUUUGCGGGAGAACAUCUCGUGUCAGCAACAUUGGUUGCCGAUCAACAUACUGGAGAAUUUGUCGUUGCGAAGCCAGUCAGCUGGCAAAAGCGACCAAGUAUUUUGCUUCUUGUGGCAGUGAUACUUCUACUGACAUUGACCGCAGGGUUGUCAACAGGACUUACCAAGCGGGCGGAUGAAGAUGAUGAGAUCGAUAUCGCUCAGGAAUCAUUUAGUGACGUGCCCAGUGAAUUCUACAAUAUUUCUUCGUUCGAUCGUCAGGCAUCAUUUGUGGUAGCUUGGGGGGAAAAUUCAACAUGUGCUAAAUCGCUGGCAUCUCCAGCUGUCGAGAUCUAUUGUAAUGGAGCAGCUGUGUUGGUGAUUGAUGACACGCAGCAAGCUUCUUGCAGCCGGCAAAGUAGUACAGCGAUGACUUGCGUUUUACAAAAGGCUGCUGUUGAGGCCACGGUCAUUUUUAGCUGUGGUGGCAAUGCCGAAGCUCAUGACCUUGCAGCAAUUAGUCUCGUAUCAGCAACUGUAUUCAAUGACUGCAGUAGCAGACUCGAUCACGACGACAUUGGAUUUGCAAUUUUUGGUGGAGAGGCGAUACAGUACUCCAGUCAUGGAGAGUUUUGCCGUGAUUAUCAAAACAGCAACAUUUGGAUUAUUGAAAAUUCAGAUAGAUGUGGCGUGAACAAGAAGGAAACUUUCCUUGAUUCACAUAUACAGACCGAGGAAGACGGCACCAUCCGUUCGGUAAAUCAAGUGUAUUGCUACGCAACAAAAUAUUGUGAAGAUCGAAGAUCAUGCGUUGAUAAUUUGUGCCAAGCUACUGGAGAGUGUACAAACCUUGCCGUCGACACAAUUCAGCAAGACAUUUCAACGGAGAUCACUGAUCCACGUUGCUCUUUUGCUCCAGGAGCUGGACCUACGCUUGAUGUUAUGCGCAGCGUUGUAGGCAACCGCUGGGGAAAUCGGGACGAUUUUCUGCACCGAAGCUCAAGGGACAGUAAAGAGUUGUAGUAGAUUCCUAGUCAUUCUU